AUGCAACUCAUAUCCACACCAAAGAGAUUACUCCCCAACUAUAAAUGUGAUAUCCUGAACAACCUGGUAGCUGUAACUGGAGGGCUAGACUCUCAGAUCUCACUUCACAUGGCUACUGCCUUAGAUGUCUACAAGAUUCCACAGCUCAUUUAUGGUUCUGCUCCAUUGAUGAAUAACAAAACUCCAGGCCUGCCCUUCUAUAAGAUUGUUCCUAGUGAAAGUCUUCAGGAAGUAGGGAUUCUUCAGUUGCUUCUCCAUUUCAAGUGGACAUGGAUUGGGGUCAUUUAUGUGGAUGAUGAAAAUGGAGAAAGGUUUGUGCAAUCUGUGGCUGAAGUUUUUCCCCAGCAUGGUAUCUGUAUUUCCUUUGUGGAAAAAAGCCCCAAAUCAACUUUUGCCAGUGAUAUUCCUGAGAAACUGCAACAAGGGGCAAAUAUAUAUGAUACAGUCAUGGGCAGCAAAGUCAAUGUAUGUUUAUUUUAUGGAGAGUCUUACUCUGUUAUAUAUUUGAGAUGGAUGCCUGAACUAUCAGAACUGGAAAAUGUGCCAUGGAAGGGUCAAGGGAAAGUCUGGAUAUUGACAUCCCAGAUGGAGCUCAAUUCAUUUGUCUAUCAAAGGACUUGGGAUACAGAUAUAAUCGAUGGUGCUCUGUCCUUCACCAUUCAUUCCAGUGACCCCCAUGGGUUCCAACAAUUUGUUGUGAAUAGAAGCCCUUCUAGGUCAAAAGGAGAUGGCUUCAUCAGAGAUUUUUGGCAACAGGCCUUUGGCUGUACAUUCCCAAUUUCAACUCUAGAUAACAUCAAGGGUAAUAUCUGCACUGGGGCGGAGAAGUUGGAGGACCUUCCUGGGCCUUUUUUUGAAAUGAGCAUGACUGGCCACAGUUAUAGCAUCUAUAACACCGUCUAUGCUGUUGCUUAUGCUUUACAAGAUAUGUCCUCAUCUCAACUCAGACCCAGAGAAAUUACACGUGGAGGAACAUUGAAACAAACAAACAGCAAGUGGUGGCAGCUCCAUCACUUUCUGAGAGGUGUGUCUUUUAACAACAGUGUUGGCGACAAGGUCUCAUUUGAUCACGAUGGGCAGUUAGUAGCUGGAUUGGAUAUUGUAAACUGGAUUUUUGCCUCAAACCAAUCCUUUCAGCGAGUAAAAGUGGGAAGGAUGGAUCCCCAUGUUCUCUCAGACCAAGCACUUGUUAUUGAUGAGGAUGCUAUCACAUGGCACAUCUCCUUUAACCAGAGACUGCCUCUUUCUGUAUGUACUGAGAGUUGCCAACCUGGUUAUAGUAAGAAAAUGAAGGAGGGGGAACCAUUUUGUUGCUAUGAAUGCACCUCAUGUCCAGAAGGAAAGAUUUCGGAACAGAAGGAUGUGGAUGACUGUAAAAAAUGUGCAGAUGAAUACUAUCCAAACACAAACCACAAUUUAUGUAUUCCCAAGGAUAUCAGCUUCUUGUCCUAUGAAGAACCUUUAGGGAUCAUUUUAGCCAGUUUUGCAUUUUCCUUUGGUCUGAUUACAACAGUGACACUAGGAAUUUUUCUGAAGCACCACAGCACUCCCAUCGUCAAAGCCAACAACCGCAGCCUCACCUACAGUCUCCUUGUAUCCCUACUGCUCUGUUUCCUUUGUGCAUUUCUAUUCAUUGGCCCACCUCAGUGGUUGACGUGUAUCCUCCGACAAAUUGCCUUUGGUGUGAUCUUCUCAGUGGCUAUUUCUUGUGUGUUGGCAAAAACCAUCACUGUGGUUCUGGCUUUCAUGGCCACCAGACCAGGAAGCAAAAUGAGAAAGUGGGUGGGGAAAAGGCUGCCCAACUUCAUUGUUCUUUCUUGCUCCCUUAUCCAAGCAGGCAUUUGUACUUUCUGGCUGACGACCUCACCACCCUUCCCAGAUGUUGACAUGCAUUCAAUGACUACAGUAAUUGUUCUGGAGUGUAAUGAGGGAUCUGGGAUUCUGUUUUAUUGUGUGCUAAGCUACAUGGGCUUUUUGGCCAUCAUCAGCCUCACUGUUGCUUUCCUUGCCAGGAAAUUACCGGACAGUUUCAAUGAAGCCAAAUUUAUUACUUUCAGCAUGUUGUUGUUCUGUAGCGUUUGGGUAUCCUUUAUUCCAACCUACCUGAGCACUAAGGGGAAAUACAUGGUUAUUGUGGAGAUCUUCUCAAUCAUAGCUUCCACUGCUGGCUUGCUGGCUUGCAUCUUUUCCCCAAAAUGUUAUAUUAUUCUCUGGAGACCGAAAUUGAACAGCAGAGAAUAUCUAAUAAGGAAAUAA